AGGGAUCAGAUUUGUAAUAGGUAAGUGGCGAGUUCUGCUAAUUCCGGAGAAUUUCCUACAAGCAAAUGUAAUAUAGCACACAACAAUGUUCAAAAGGAAAAGGUUAGACAACUGAAAGGAAGGAGAGGAGGAGCGCCGCCGCUGCUUGCCGUGGUAAAAGCAGCCCAGAGCUCCAGUGUGCGCACUGACAGCAUGGCAGGAGACAGCGAGAGCAAGUUGGACAACCCAGCCGAAAAUGAGCAUGUUGUCAGGCAACCUUUCCUCAUCGGGGUAGCCGGCGGCACUGCCAGCGGAAAGUCAUCAGUUUGUGGGAAGAUUAUGGAGCUUCUUGGCCAGAAUAAGAUCGACCAUCAUCAGAGGCAGGUGGCCAUCCUCAGUCAGGACAGUUUCUACAGGGUACUGACCUCUGAACAGAAGGCCAAGGCUCUCAAGGGACAAUUUAACUUUGACCACCCAGAUGCGUUUGAUAACGAAUUGAUAGUCAAGACCCUUUGUGACAUCAUGGAGGGAAAAACUGUCCAAAUUCCAGUCUACGACUUUGUUACCCAUUCAAGGAAAGAGGAGACGGUCGCAGUGUAUCGAGCAGAUGUGGUUUUAUUUGAAGGCAUCCUCAUGUUUUACUCACAAGAAAUCAGAGAUCUGUUUCAGAUGAAGCUGUUUGUUGAUACAGAUGCAGAUACACGUCUGUCACGCAGAGUCCUGAGAGACAUCAGUGAGAGAGGUCGUGACCUAGAGCAAGUGCUGAGCCAAUACAUAACAUUUGUGAAGCCUGCCUUUGAGGAGUUCUGUCUGCCAACAAAGAAGUAUGCUGAUGUGAUAAUUCCAAGGGGAGCUGAUAACCUGGUUGCCAUAAAUUUGAUAGUGCAGCACAUUCAGGAUAUUCUGAAUGGGGGCUUGACCAAACGCUUGAACGGCUACCUCAACGGCCACAACACACCUCGUAAACGGCAUCCCUCAGAGUCUAGCAGCAGGCCACAUUGACCAACCCUCUCCCAGGAUGUUAGGAAAUGCAAGAGAGAGGGAAUGUUCAAAGGAGGGAUGCAAAUGGAGU